AUGUCUCUUCCGGGCUUAGAGCUCACUCAGCCCUCCGAGGAGAGGCAACACACCAUCGCCCCGCCGUCACAGAUCACCUUGAACCCGGGAUCAGAAUGGAGAUUUGAGGUCGCAUUCGGCCACACCAUCAGGGUAAAACUCCUGACCGGUACGGCUGAGCUAUUCGGAACCGAGCUCGCAGAGUCUCAAACCUAUACCUUCACCGGCACUAAGGCGGCAAUCUAUACAUGGCAUGGAUGUGGAUUGGAGAUUAGUGCCGGUGAAUCGUCAACCACCACUACAGUGGACGGGUCUACGUCUGCAGCAGGCCAUGGCGCAGGCGGAUGUCAGAGCGAAUACACAUCUGACGAUACGCCCAUGAUGGAAUAUGCCAACAUGCACUUUGCGCUUGAGGCGAUACGUGAAGAGGCAUCGAGUGAAGGCAAGGAUGGACCAAGAGUCUUGCUGCUUGGUCCCGACAAUGCGGGAAAAACUAGUCUCGCUAAGAUCCUCACGUCGUAUGCUACAAAGCUCGGUGGGCAGCCAUUGGUUGUCAACCUCGAUCCUACGGAGGGUAUGCUUAGUGUCCCUGGUACUUUGAGUGCUACGGUCUUUCGCACUAUGCUCGAUGUUGAGAACGGGUGGGGUAGCAGUCCUAUGUCAGGACCUAGUCCUGUGCCGGUAAAGAUGCCGCUCGUUUAUAGUUAUCCAUUGCCUAGUCCGCUUGAAGGCGAGGGGUCGGUUUAUCGUCCCAUAGUCUCGCGGUUGGGACUCCAAGUUACGGAGCGUAUGGCUAAAGAUGAGGAUGUGCGCAAGACGGGAAUUAUCGUUGAUGCGCCUGGAGCUCUGAGCUCUGGGAAACCUGGCAGUCUCGAACUAAUUAAUCACAUUGUCACCGAAUUCGCAAUCACUAAUAUCGUUGUCUUGGGCUCCGAGCGUCUCUACAGUAAUAUGGUGAAGCAAUAUGACAAUAAGCCUAGCGCCAGUGCUGCGGCGGUAGUAUUCGAUGAGCGCGUCUCGGUCGUGAAACUAUCCAAGUCCGGAGGCUGUGUUGAUCGCGACGCUCUUUUCCUCAAGAAAACACGCGAGUCUCAAAUCCGAUCUUACUUCUUUGGCAAUACACUUCCCGCGACUACGUUGCCUACAUCUACAUCCGCAAUCACACUUUCCCCAUCAACACUGCAAGUCGAUUUCGCUUCCUUGACAAUAUACAACUAUACCGUUGUAUCUACAGAAGACGAAGAUGAAGACGACUACGACCCCUCGCAGCUUAAUACAGGCGACUCCUUCCUCCCCGGCAGCAACGACAAUUACUCCGAUGUCAAACCAGAAUCAGACCGUGCAGCGCCUCUCCCCGGCAUAAUUGGCCUAUCAUCAGACCACACCACAAACACAAAUUCAUAUUCAUCCAGCAAUGUGCCUCUGAAGCGCGUUCUCCCUCCUGCUCCCUCCGCUCUCGAAAAUACUCUUAUUGCAAUUACUCAUGCCUCGACUUCUGCUUCGCCUGCUGAUGUACGCGAUGCCAGUAUCAAGGGAUUCCUUUACGUGGCGAAUGUCGAUGUUGAUAAAGGGAAGAUUAUGCUUCUUUCUCCUAUUCGGGGAACGAUUCCUGCACAGGCUAUGAUUUGGACUAGGCGCUGGCCUGAUGAGGUUGUUGGGCUUGUGGGUUGA